AUGUACAUUCAAACGUUACUUUACACUUGUUUAAUUAUUUGCGCGACUCAGGCUGUCGCGUUGCCUGUUCCAGGUUUCUUCAACCUGGGAAAGAGAUUUGACAACUCCUCAGUGCCCCUUACCACUUAUACCACCGUCACUGCUGGCUCCACUGUCACCAUCGUUGAGCCAUGUCCAAAGUGCACUGCCACCUCUAGCAGCGCCGUGUCCAGUUCUACUCCGUAUGUUCCAACCAGCUCAGAUGCCGCCGUGGCUUCUUCCAGCUCCUUGCCAGCAUCAGAGUACACCACUUACACCACCGUUAGUCUUGGUGUCACCAUCACCGUGACCGAGCCAUGCUCCGAAGCCAGCGCCUCUUCUGCCGCCAGCUCUGAGUCCAGCCCGGCUCCAAGCUCUGAGGUCUCGUCUACCCCAGUCUCGAGCUCCGGUGCCGCAGCCAGCCCUGCCCCAGCUUCCUCCUCUUCUGCCGUCUCCGUGUCCGCUGACGCCACAGACAGCAUCGUCACCUCCACCUACGUGUCCAAUGGCCAGGAAGAAACAACCACCUACACCCAAACUUCCACCAUUUACGUGACCGUUGAGGAAUCUUCUUCCUCUUCUUCUUCAUCCUCCUCUGCUGCGCAGACUCCGGCUAAUGCUGCUACCACUACUACUCCAGAGACUUCUGCUGCCGCAGGCACCACUUCUGCACCUGCAGGCACCACCUCCAGCCCUGCUGCCAGCCAAGGACAGGCUGCUCCAGCCUCUCCAGCUACUUCCAGCUCGGCUGCUCCAUCAACAGUCACCGUCACUGAGACCGAAACCGUCACUGCUGGCUGUGGAGUGUCCUCUACUGCUUCGUCUGACUCUACCUUGACAGACACCGUGUACCUGACCUCCACCUUGACUCUGUCUGUUACUGCUACCAUUCCGAUCACCGACUCUGCUGGUUCCACCUUGACCGUGCUCACCACCGAGUCCUGCUUCGAAACCGCUGUUUCCACCUACUACCUCACCACCUACCUCACCUCCACCAUCACCUCCACAUCCUCCUACUCCACUUCUUCCUCGUUGACCCCAACCUACCCACAAACUUACAGCAACAGCAGUUCUUCGUAUGUUCCAUACUACAGACUGACCAGCAGUUCGUUGACGAACUCCUCGUCUCCUUACGUUUCGACCGCCUCCGACGAGCCAACUCUGGAGAAGCGCGGCAUCUGGAACUUGUUUAUGUAG